AUGAAGACGCAGUUUGCCGCCGUUCUGGCGGAUGCCGCGAGGCUCUUCAAGGACUCAUCCGGCAAGGGCCUGACGCUGGACGAGUUCCUGACGCCGCCGAUAAGGUCCAUUCCGGACCUGAUGCUUCAGUUGACGGCGCAGAACGACCAGUUCAGCCACUUUCGAGAGAAGCGCAAACACAUAUUCGACGCCGUUGCUGUCACGCUGCGGCCGGUAGUGUUGAUAGGUGAUAUUCUUGCCGAGGGCGUCUCGGAGACCUUUCCGCCUGCUCAGGGCAUCUUUGCGGCGGUGAUGUACCUGAUUAACGCCGCGCAUGAUGUUUCGUCAAUGUACGAUUCGAUAUUGGAGCUGUUUGAUCAGCUCAAAGACUUCACAUCGAGAUUAGACGUGUAUCUGAACCACACACUUAGUCCUGCACUGCGCGAGAAGCUGGUCACCAUCCUGGCAACCCUAUUCGAGGUCCUCGUCAUUGCGACCAAAGUUGCGCGCAGCGGCAGACUAAAGGCGUACUUUAAGAAGCUCGUUGGCAUCGAGAGCCCUGUUCAGCCGGCUUUGGACAAGCUCAAUGCUUUGACGCUGGGAGAGGAGCGGCAAGUCAUUGCCGAGACGUACGACGGCGUGGCUGAGCUCAAUCUCAAGGCGGACAAGGUAGAGAAUCUGGUUGCGCAGAUGAACCAAAGCAUAUUGGAUAUGAGACUGGGGGAGCAGCAGGACGGGGCGCUUUCUUACAGGGACAAAGUGAGGGAGAUUCUGGAGCCUACGCCUUAUUGGGAGGACUCGUAUGAUGCAUUCACAAAGUACAGAGUUCAAGGCACCGGGGACUGGCUGCUGGAAGACGAAGGGCUCAAGUCCUGGCUCCGAGGGGAGACGCGCCAUCUGUGGAUGUGCGGCAAUCCUGGUACUGGAAAGUCGUUCCUGACAUCACGGCUUAUUACCUGGGGCCUUGAGAGCCUACCUCACCUGGGCUACUUCUUCUUCUCUGCCAACGAUCCCGAGACAAGAUCCGUGCUGCAGGCCCUGCGUGACGUCGCCUAUCAGCUCAGCGAAACCGAUGCCUUUUACGCAGAGAAGCUUGCGAAACAGCUCCAUAGCAGCGACGACAUCAAGACGGUGCCGAGUGCUUUUAGGAGAUUGUUUGUGCAGCCGUUCCUGGAUGAUGCCCGUGACGAGCCCAUCUACGUCUUCCUCGACGGCAUCGACGAAGCAGAGCAGAGCGAUAUCGAAGAGCUCCUGUCUCUGCUUGCGCCUGGGAAUGAGUCAGAGCCUACAAAGGUGCAGUUUGCGUUGACGGGGAGGACUUAUUUGGCUGACAUCGUGACCUUUGCAAUGGACCCGAAUGCAGUCGGCCAGGUGUUUACAACCAUUUACGUUACGCCAGAUCGAAUCGCGGAUGACGUGAGUGCUUUCAUCUCCGAGGGCGUCCGGCAUUCGAGGAUCCUCAGUCGGUCCCCGGAAGACUUUAAGCAAGAAGUCAUUGAGUCCAUGAAGAAGCAAGUCGACGGCCUCUUCAUCCUGGCCAAGUUUAUGUUGAACGAGAUCAACCAGAAGCGGCAUCCAAGCUCGAUCCUCAAGAGCCUGAAGUCGUUCCCCAAGGAAAUCAACGGAAUGCUCAACGAGACCUUGGCGAACCUCUCCGUCACCAUCUCGGAGGAAGACGCUCGCGACCUCAACGAGAUGCUGCAGUGGGUGUCUUGCGCGGAGGAGUCGCUCACGCUGGAGCAGUUGGAGGCUGCGCUCGUCAUGAAAUUUGGAGAUCCUCCGCUGCGGUUGGAAGAGUCGUUGCGAGGCCAGUAUGCGUGCUUCUUUGAGCUGGAGCGUGAGGACGGUUUGACGACGGACGAUUUGCUCAAGGAUUUUGCUCGGACGCAGCGCGAGGUGUAUCCGGAGAGGAACUUUCGAAACGAAAGCCCGCGGCGUCGGGGCCUCAGCUUGUCUGACACAAGUAGCCCUGGCCGAAGGGUGAGUCCCGUUGAUAGAGGCGCCUGGAGUCAUUCGACGAGCCCACCUGCAGGCGGGAUAUCGAGCCCAACGCGGCAUUUCAGCCCGGCUCGAAGUCCUGGAGUCUGGGACAUUUCCAACGAGGUUGACUUUCGGUCGAACCCAUCCACGACGUAUGUCACUUUCUCACAUACCUCGGUGAGGCAAUUCUUUCGUGAUGGAAAUGCCAACGGCAUUCAUGCGAUGAAAGGGGGCGUUGUGCUGGGAUUUGACAUGAUGACGGCUCGCAUCAACAUAUUAAAGACCUGUUUACGGAUCUUCAACGACAAAGCUUGGUUCGAGAGUCGAGAGCUGGACCAUGGAAGAGAAGCCAUCAAGCAAUAUGCUGCGUGGUACUGGCAAGAGCACCUGGCGGCCCUCGAUCCGGCGAGCGUCCCCUCAGAGCACAAAAGGGUGCUGGGCAUGCACAUCUAUAACAUGCUGACCGUAGAGAACAUCAUCUACGACUGGAGCAUCAUGUAUGAGAAGAACAACGAGGGGCUGGAGGUGUUUACAGACUCCAACAUCCAGGGUCUUCGGAAGUGGCUCAACGACGCCGAGGUCCUGGCGAGUCUGACUCCCGAGGCACGAGACUUUGUGACCAAGUCGGCCAAGGAAGAUGUCGGCAUCUGUCGAACAAUCGGCCGCUUCUACGCAAAGCAGUGGCUUUCUGAGGACUACUACAAAUAUGUGCCGACGCUUUUCUGCUUCAAGAUUGUGCAAAACGUGGCAUUCAUGAGUGAUGAACGGCCUUGGUCCCAAGCCCAGAGUGGCUGGUCAGAGACCCCCGUCAGAGAGAGGGUUCUAAAGGCCAUCGAAUGGGCGGACUAUCCCCAGACUGCACACUGGCAUCGACGACUUGGGAGCACGUACCUCAUGCUAGGCUUACACAGUGACGCCUUGAUUCACUACAACAAAGCGCUCGAGCUGGAUCACAACAACGUGGGCACCGCUGGACGCAUCGCCUACUGCUUGUCCAAGUAUGGGCAGUAUGGCGAGGCUCUAACACAAGCUCUCAAGUGCGCAGAGAUUGAGGAGAAGAGCAUUCGAGACGGCACGCUGGAGGGAUAUCAUUUGACGAGCUGCAGAUGGCGGCUGUACAAGGAUUACCUGCUUGUUGCGCGGUGUUCCUACAAGACGGGGAGGAGAGAGGCCGCGCUGGAAUACUUUCGAAAGGCAAUCGACAGCGCAGCAGAUGCAGACCUGAACUCGAAUGAGCGGUUUGAGGCAGAGCUGAGUUACUUGGAGAUGCUGGCGACGGAAAAUCUGCAUGCCAAGGUCAUUGAGCUCCUUCAGGAGAUGGCGAAGAAGACUACCGGAAAGAAAGACAAGGAGACGACUCUGUUGACCAGCCUUCUGCUGGACAACUGCGACAAGCCGCUCGUCAUGGAAUGGAUCCCGAAAGCAGCCGUCAAGGUCGGCCAGGUCGCGUUCAUACUGCACCAAUACGAGGUUGGCAUUGAGACGGCUCACACGGUACGCAACCAGAUGGGCGUGCUGUAUCUCCGCCUGGCCUACGGAAACACGUGUGCGUACAACCGCGAUCUCGACGCCGCGAUUGCGAUUUUCGAGCAAAUCUCGCUGAUCGAGUAUCGGCCGCGGGGGAACGUCCCCAUGCGGCAUGGACACGCAAUGUCCUUUCAGAGGCUAUCGGCGCUGUACAAGCAAAAGAUCCUGCAGGUCGAUCUGACAUCGCCCGAGGCUGGAGAGUGGCUCGACAAGCUGGAGCAGGUGCAGGAGAAGCAGAGCAGGCACCAGAACCUGGACAUCCCGGCGGACAAGUACGGCUCGGACGUGAACAUUGCGUCGGUCUAUCUGGCCCUGUUCCACCGCCUGCUCAAGAACGAGCUCAAGGCCCGGCAGCUCCUGGGCAGCCUCGUCAUCAACAGCCUCGACAUCCUGCUGGACGACGAGCCGCGCAACGACCGCUACGCCGCGGAAAACCUGCUGCAGGCCUUUGUAGCGGCCAACGACGCGGACAACGCGCUGGCGCUGGCCCGGUCCAUGAGAAAGGUCAACCGAGCAGCCGCCCUGGCGACGCCCCUUGCUUCUCCCGUGCGGACGCGCAUCGAGCCGAAGCUGCCCGACAUCCAGGCCUCGGUCAACAAGGCGUGCGCGCAGUGCCUGGACAACAUCUCCAUGGCGGACAACUUCUACCUGUGCCGGUUCUGCGUGGAGGCGUACUGCGAAAAGUGCCUCCACGGGGUCAUUCAGCAGCCGGGCAACAGGACGAGCGAUCGCAGGCUGGACGUGGUCUGCCGGAGCGACCAUGCGUGGUUUGUGGUGCCGCCGCUGAAUCAGUUUCUGCAUACGGGGGAGAUUCUUUGGGGGGAUGGCGUGGUGAAGGAUUUCAGGGAGUGGGAGAGGGCGUUGAGGCAGAGGUGGCGCGAUGCCUUGUAA